AUGGCCGGCGGCGAAGAGGCGGACACCGCGGGAGCGCCCGCGGAGGCAGAGAUGGACCCCGGCGUCUCGCGCGGGGGCGGGUUGCCCAGCUUCGAGUUCGCGUUCAAUUCAGAGAGCUUCUCCGACCGGGUGCUGCGGCUGGAGGUCGUCGCCAGCAACGGCGUCGCCAGCGACGGCGUCGCCAGAGGAUCCCUCCCCGACUUGGCGUUCCACCGCGAGGAGCUCCACAAGGAGGAUGCAGAUGGGCAAAGUAUUGACUCUUCCUGGACCAUGGUGGCCAUGCCAGUUUUACGAGUUAAGACCAUUUACAUCAGUUCGGUGGUUCUCGCUGCAAAUAGUCCAUUCUUUCUCAAGCUUUUCUCAAAUGGUAUGAAAGAGUCUGAUCAGAGAUAUCUAACACUCCGAAUUGCUGAUUCAGGAACAGAGGAAACUGUCAUGAUGGAGCUUUUGAGAUUUAUGUACACUGGAAAGUUGACAGCAACUGAACCCAAUCUUCUGCUCGACAUCUUGAUGGCCGCUGAUAAAUUUGAGGUUCUUGCUUGCAUGAAGCGUUGCAGCCAGUUGCUCACAAACUUGCCUAUGACCAGAGAGACUGCACUGCUCUACCUAGAUUACCCAUGCUCCAUUUCAGUGGCUGCUGAAAUUCGUCAUCUGACAGAUGCAGCGAAGGAAUUCCUCGCCAACAAAUACAAGGUUUUGGAUAAAUUUCCUCAUGAAUUGAUGGACAUGCCUCUUGUUGGGAUUGAAGCCAUCUUUUCUAGUUCUGACCUACAGAUAUCAUCUGAAGAUGCCGUAUAUACCUUCUUGGUCGAGUGGGUGUGCGAGCAAUACCUAGAAACAGAGGACAGGCACAAGAUAUGGAGUUCUCGUUUACUUCCGCUGUUGCGCUUCAAUCAUAUGAGCUGGAAAAAACUCCACGAGGUCCUGACAUGCAGUGAUGAUUGUGAUGAUGUAGACAAUGAGCAAACAAAGAAGCACAUUACCGAUGCACUCUUGCACAAAGCUUACCCCGCACACGAGCAAGGUGCACUUGCAGCAGACACAGCAACCUGUUGCCAAGUUCCACAACGAGCCUACAUGAGAAAACCCCUGAAAGUGGUUGAGUUCGAUCGACCCCGCCCACAGGUUAUUGUGUACUUGGAUCUAACGCGUGAAGAGUGCUCCCGACUCUUCCCUGAAGGAGAACUAUUCUCGCAAUUGUUCCAUCUUGCGGGGCAGAACUUGUAUAUCAUGCCAACCUGUGAAAUGGACGAGCAGAGUAAGCAAUACAGCUUUGGCCUCUGGUUAGGGAUCCAUGACAAGCCGGAGGGCUCGGCAUGCUUGACAUUCAAGUUUGAGUUUGCUGCACGGACAAAAUCGUCAGGAGAAUUUGUGCGCAAGUUGAAGGAUAAGGCUAUCUUCACAGGUGAUUGCAUGGAGGGAUGCGGUGAUCUUUUUGGCGUUCCAUGGUCGACAUUCAUGGCGGACGACAGCCUCUUCAUCGACGGCUUGCUGCAUUUGAGGGCUGCAUUGACGGUGGUGGAGCAGCCUGAAGUACAGGCUUGA